GCAAGAUCCCUGCCCGCCGAAUUUUCAAACGCGCAACAGCGGAGUCGUGAAAGAAAGCCCCCUCGCGCCUUUAGUUCAACAGCACGGGAAAAAGAAAAUCGCAUCGCAAGAGCAGCAACCCGACGACACUGCAACCGCAAUCGCACUACCAGAGCCACUGGACAAUAGUCAAUAUGCCCCACAAACACACCAGGCGGCAGAAGGACCCUUCGACCUUCGAGCUCCCCCCAACCGAAGUAGCGAAGCCUCUCCCCAUUGUCCUGCCCCCCAAGACACAUGCAAAAAGGGGAACCAGGCCAAACGUUAUACAGGCCCCGAAAGAGUCGAAAGGAUCAAAACGCAAGCGAGGCGCCGACGGGAAGGAUGAUGCGCCAAGAGCAUUCAAGCGGCUGAUGGCCUUUGCGAACGGGAACAAGACGCGAGACGGACUGGACGACAGCUCACUGCCGCCAUCCAAGAAGAAAAAGAAGGUCAAGGUAUCAGAAGAGGCCGCGCCGGCUGUCGCAGAAGCUGCUACCGAGAUGCCGACCAUCAAACCCGGCGAAAAGCUGUCCGACUUUGCCGCCCGUGUCGACGCGGCCCUCCCGAUAAGUGGGCUGGUCAACAAAGGCCUAAAGAAUGGCAAGGACCCCGUGGGACUUAAGGUGUGGAGGACGCGCAAGGAGCGUAAGAUGCACAAGCUCUACGACCAGUGGAGGGAGGAGGAGCGCAAAAUCCAGGAGAAACGGGAGGAGGUCGAGGAGCUUGCCGAGGAGAAUGCAAUGGAGGAGGAGGAGAGUGGCAUCAAGUGGCAGGGCGACGCAGAGGGCGGUGCUGCUGCUGGUGGCAAGAAGAAGAAGAAGGGUAAACGAGCUAGGCUGGUCGGCGAGGCGGCCGAUAAGGAGGAUGACCCGUGGGAGGAGCUGAAAAAGAAGCGCGGAGAAGGCAAGAUCGGGCUGCACGAUGUCGCGCAGGCCCCUCCCGAGCUGAAGAAGCUGACGGGCAAGAAGCUCACGGUCCGCGGCGCUGCGGUCGAGGUGGACGGGAUCCCCAAGGCCGCGGGCAGCUUGAGGCGAAGAGAAGAGCUGCAAGAGGUCCGGAACGAGCUGGUGAGCUCGUACCGCCAAAUGAUGGAGAAGAAGAGGGCGAUUGCGGCCGCGACAGCUAGAGUUUGACCUGUUGGAUUUUUCGUGAUACCUACCCGCCCAUUUCACUGACGAGGCUUACCCCGUGUUCAUAUCGCGGCCUCCCCGGCGUGUUCGCUUGCAAC